AUGUCAACCACCACCUCAGCCCUCCCCCACGGGCAAGGCCAAAGCCAACCCCAACCCCAACCCCAUCCCCAAACCGCCCGCCAAUCCACGCGCCAGACGCGAACAAACCCCUCGCGCACCUCGCGCACCGUCGGCCGCUCGUCCUUCGCCUACGGCCACGGCCAUGCCUCCAACGACCCGGCGUCUGCCACCCCCGUCGCCCACGGCUUCUACCCGGCCCUCACGCAUUUCACGGACGCCAUCACCGCCCUCCCGAGGGAAUUCCGUCGCCAUAACUCCCUCCUCAAGGAAGUCGAUGCCAAGGCCUGGGCCCUCGAGGAUAAUCUGCUCUUGCUGCUGCAGGCCGCGUCGGAGAGUAGGCCCGUGCCGUUUCCGGGGAAUCCGGCGCCGGUUAUUGCGGGUGCGGUGAGGGAGGAUCUUUUGCCGGAGGACCUCACGCAACCCCCCGAAACCCCCGAAAGCAAGACCCGCCGCUCCCUCUUCGACCGCGUCCGCCACACCCUCUCAGACCUGAUGAUGACCGCGGACGAGAAGAACCACGUCAUCUCCAACGCCAACGACGAGCUGGACCGCCAGCUCACCCGCCUCGACACCAUCUUCCCGUUCAUCGCCGGCGAGAUCAGCGAUGAGGCCCGUCUGGGCAGUCUCACCCACUGGGCCUACUCGAAUCGCAAUGUCGCGAAGACGACCACCGCUGAAAGGCCGAGACGCGAGGCCGCGUCGACGAAGGAUCUCGUGCAUGCGAUCCAUGAGGCGGAGGUCGCGUCGAGGAGUGAGGCCCGCCGCGAGGCUGUUAUGGCGAGGCGACGCAGGCCGCAUGCCGAUUCGGAUUUGGAUGAUGGUGGUGCUGGGGGGAGUGGUGCUGGUGGUGCGCAUGGGCAGGGUGGUGCGGCGUCGGGGCAGGCCAAGCGCCGCAAGGUUGAACGGCCCCCGGUUGGGGAUGCCGGCGCCGCGAUGGAACGCUCCGCUAGUGGUGCUGGCGCUGGAGCUUCGGGGAGGGCUGUCUCGAAGGAUGCCGAUGCCACGAAGAAGAGGUCGCGCGCGCCGAAUGCAAAUGCUGCGGCGAGGAAGAGGAACACGACGAAUGCCGCUGCAGUGGACUCACCCGUUCUGGCCCCGUCGCCUGUCGUCACUGCGGCCACCGUCCCACGGAGUGCCGCCAGUCCUGGCCCUGGAGCGGUGCGACCCCCGUCAUCUCGAACUCAGCAGGGCUCUGGGCCCGCAAACAGCAACCGCCAACGGCCCUCGUCUUCGGCAUCGAACCGUGCAAAACCACCGACCUCAAAGCCGCCAUCAAAGAAACGCCAACCUCCAAAACCGAACCCCCUCCCACCUCCAACCUCGAAACCCAACGACCCACCGUCGAAGACCAACAACCCCCCGGAAAUCAGCACCAAACCCCCAGCGCCCCUUCUCCCCCCCACCAAACGCGAACGCGAAGACCCCGAAGGCAGCAAACCCGCCCCGUCCAUCGAGCCCCGAGAAACCCCCGCACCCCCCAUCUCCAACCCACCCCCCAACCCUAAAGGCCGCUCCUCCAAAACCUCCACCCCCGUGCUGGCCCCCUUCUCCGAACCCGCCCCCGCACCCAAGAACGGCAGCGUGCCCGCCGUGCCGCCGCCCGCGCGCGCCGCGUCGGAGGAAGACGAGUCUCUCCAUGAGGGCGAUGAUGAGGAUGAGGACGGCGAGCCGAGGUAUUGCUAUUGCAAUGAGAUUAGUUUCGGGGAGAUGGUCGCGUGCGAUAAUGAUGCGUGUCCCCGCGAGUGGUUCCAUUUGUCCUGUGUGGGGUUGAAUAAACCGCCUGGGAAGAAUGUUAAAUGGUAUUGUAAUGAGUGUAAGGAGAGUAUGCGGCGGAGUCGGAGUGGGCGGUGA